UCGCAGAGACACCAACAGCUCACUUCCAUUAUUAUUAAAAAAAAAAAAAAAUCAAGAACAUCCGCGUUCAUUAAAAUGUCCACCAUUGUUGUACCUCUCAGAUCGAUCCUUCCUCAGCUUCCAUCGCCCUCCAGCAAACGACAAAACCCAACCCAUCAAAAAGUCCAUCACUCCCCAAGAAAAUGCCACCCAAAUUCAUCAUCUUCCUCGUCACUUCCUCUGUUAUCAUCGUCUCUGUUUCUGGGUACGGUUCCACGGGAACCAUCGCCGCCGCAUUCGGCGAGAACGGGUUCUUCUGCGCCAUUGACGCCGGCGGGAAGCAAGAGGUGAUUUGCUGGGACAGAGGGAACAACAACGGAUCCGUAAACCAGUCUUCGGGGACCAGAAUCGUCUCCGAUUAUGUUCCGGCGAUGGCUUCACUCUCUGGCGGAGAAGGGUUUCUCUGCGGCAUUACGUCGAACAGUUCUCAGGCGUUUUGUUGGAACCUGAUUAACCCUUUUGUGAAUCUUGUUCCUGGAGCUUUUCAGUUUAAUUCUUAUUCACGGAUUGCUGCUGGUCGAAAUCAUGUUUGCGCUAUUAGUGGGUUGUAUUAUUCAGGUCCCGAUUCUGGUCCUGUUCAUUGCUGGGAGUAUGUCGGAAGAGUUGGUGAUAAGAAUUUUACUUCCGGAGUUCUUUGGAAUUCUUCGUUUCGUGAUCCUUAUAUAGAUAGUCUCAUAUUUAAGAGGAUUGUUUCUGGAGAUGGUUUUAGUUGUGGUGUGACUAAGGAUGACGAUUUUGUUUGCUGGGGACCAAGAUCUAAUCUUUUGGGGGUCUCGAACAAAUCGAUCGAUGAACUCGAUAUUUUAGCUUCUGGGAAGAGUUCUAUCUGUGGAGUUUCCAAGGAAUCAGGUCAGCUACAAUGCUUCGGAGACGAGACUGAGUUUGGGGUAUUGCCGGAACGGCCUCGGUUUAUCACUGUAUCUGCAGGUUCUGGUCACUAUUGUGGCAUCCGAGAGGAUGAUCAUGGAGUUGAUUGUUGGGGAAGAAACCUGAAUUCCUCCUCUGUUCCAAACAGUUCCGGGUUUGUAGCGAUUUCCUCGUCCGAUGACACGACUUGUGGGGUUCGAGAACUGGAUUUGGUUCUCGACUGCUGGGGCAUCCAUGAUUAUUCCAGACCAGAGUACAGUCCUCCUCUCGAGUUAUGCAGUCCCGGGUUAUGCUCGCCUCAUUCGUGCAGCGAUGGCUGGUUUGCUUUCAAUGCGAGCAUCUUGAAGGAACCCGAACUCACGAGUUUGUGUUCUUUUCAUGACCUCAAGAUUUGCUUACCUUGUGGGACAGAUUGCUUGGAAGGCUAUUUCCCUUCCAGCACAUGUAGUUCGGAUUCAGACAGAGUUUGUACACCUUGUUCCCUUUGCCAGAACAGUUCUUGUUGGAACAUAUGUAAGCUUCCUCACCCCUCGAGGGCUAAAUCCCGGGAGCAUGAACGGAAAGAGAUGCGGAAACUGGUGAUUAUCAUCGGCUGUUCUGUCUUAGGGUUUGUCAUGUUCUUGAUCGGUUUGUCUCUCGUUCCGAAGAUGACCAAGGGUAAAAGAGAUGAAGAGAGGAGUAAAAUGACUUGCUGCUUCUGUGUCAGUAAGCCCGUGGUUGAAGCUGAGCCUGACCCUAUCCCUCAAUUAGCUAUUCCUAUGGCCGUUUCUCUCGGGGAGACCAAAAUCUUCCGUCUCUCAGAACUGAAAGAUGCCACUCACGGGUUCAAAGAGUUCAACGAACUUGGAAGAGGCAGCUUUGGUUUUGUCUACAAAGCUGUUCUCUCGGACGGAAGACAAGUUGCAGUGAAAAGGGCUAAUGCUGCAACCAUAAUUCACUCCAACAACCGGGAUUUCGAGGCAGAGCUCGAAGUUCUCUGCAAAAUCAGACACAACAACAUCGUGAACUUGUUGGGUUACUGUUCGGAAAUGGGGGAACGGCUUCUGAUCUAUGAGUACAUGCCACACGGUACUCUUCAUGAUCAUCUCCAUGGAGAUCUCUCACCGUUGGAUUGGAGCAUGAGACUGAAGAUUGCAUUGCAGGCUGCAAAGGGCCUCGAGUACCUACACAACGAGGUAGAUCCUCCGGUAGUUCACCGAGACGUGAAAACAUCGAACAUCCUCUUGGACUCUGAAAUGUGUGCUAGGAUUGCAGAUUUCGGGUUGUUAAGCUCAAACGAAAAGGAUUCAACCGACGGUGAUACAGAGGAUGAUGUUUACGACUUUGGGGUCGUUCUCCUGGAGAUACUGAGCGGCCGGAAAGCUUACGACCGUGAAUCUAACCCUCCGGGGAUCGCAGAAUGGGCAAUCCCUUUGAUCAGGAAAGGAAAGGCGGCUGCCAUUAUCGACAAGAACGCUGCUCUGCCCAGAAACGUGGAGCCAUUGCUCAAACUGGCUGAUCUGGCUGAGCUUGCUGCGAGGGAAAACCCUAGCGAGAGGCCCAGCAUGAGAAAUCUGGUCAGUUUCCUCGAUCUGAUUGCGAAGAGCGGGCUUACGUUUUGAUGAAACUGUCACUGGCAAUUGAAGAGACCUCAAUUGCUGAACCCCCCCCCCCCCCCUUUGUUCUCUUUUUUCCUCGGCUGCAAAAACUGUACAAUAAACAUUUAUAUAUAUACCUCAUGGAAAGCAUCAAUUUGGCUUA